AUGACCACUCCGGACGCCUAUCGAGAUGCGGAAUACAUCGCUGACGUGUCCGGCAUCAUCGACCCUCAUGGCGGCGCCAGCGCCAACUCUACCAGCCGUACCGAGCGCCUGAGAAAGGUCCAGACAGCCGCGAAAGUUGCGUUCAUCGACCGACUGCUCCGCGACCUAGACAUCCUUAUUUACUGUGAGCUUUCAGCGUUGUAUUAUAUGGACUGCUCGAUAAUUCUGUUCGCCCUCCGCGCAAUAAUUCAACUUAUCUUCUUCACACCCAAAGCACCCCCUUUCGACCCUACGAGAAACCAACCCUUCGUCGGCGCUAUACUGGGUAGUAACCUCUUCUGCAUCAUCUUUCAUAAAUUCUUCACUAGACCCGAAGCUAGCGAAUCGACGCGCGGUUACCUGCAUGGCGGGAUCUUGAUUGACUUUAUUGGACAGAAAGCGCCCAUUCCGUUCGCUAGACUUCUUUUCCUGGAUUGUCUCAUUUUGUUUCUGGAUUUGGUCAUGUUGGGGUUGAUCGUUGAGCGGGUAAAGACGGUGGAGGUUACUGCGAGUGCGCCGGUUGAGACCACGCCUGAGGGGGAGGAAGAGCGACAGGACCACGAUCUGGAGGAAAGAGGGGUGCGAGGGGGUGGGCCUUCCACGAGAUCCUCGUCGCGAACAUUGGAGGAUGAUGAAGAUGUGGAGACAAUUGAACUGGGCGAGAUGGAGAGAACGCAGUUGCUGGCUGAUCCGGAGGAGGGAGGGAGGAAUGCACAGCACGCCCAUCCUAUGGAUACGUUCGUGUCGGGCCAAGCAACGAUCAUGGAUGUGGGAUUGGUUGACCUUGUCCGUGAUCAGUGGCGAUACAGCCCUGCGACAGCGCGGCGGACAACGCCGUAUGUGCCUUCUGACCAGACCGCGGCUUUUUUGAGAGAACGGUUCGGCAUCCGAGUUGGCGCGGAUGGGCGCAUGGAGCGGAUUGGGACAGAUGCGUGAUAUAGUGUAAUGUAAUGAGUUAGAUGAGUUGACAUUUGUACAUAUACCAAUGCUUAUACGAUGGAUACAUAAACCACCAUCUACUGAUCGAUUUACCCUAAAGGACCUUAAAUAUCCUAUAAUGUAACCAUACCAUAACUUCAUCACAAGUACCGAUACAAACAAAAACACAUAACCACAAAACAAAAAAAGGGUAUACAUCCUCACGGAAUCGCCUCACCCCCCUCCGCACCCGGCGGUCCCCUCCUAUCCAAAAUCUCAUCCACAAUACCCAUAUCAAGCGCCUCCUUCGCACCCAUGAAAUAGUCCCUCUCCAUCAACUUCUCAAUCUCAUCCAACGUCAUCUCCUUCUUUCCCGUCAAAUGCCUCUUAUAAAUCUUAUUCAACUGGCUCCGCACCCUGAGUAUCUCCUUCGCAUGGAUGGCAAU